AUGGCAAAAAUUGCUCCAGAUUACCGGAACUUGGCUCAAGCCUCGUUUGCCUCGUCCAGUAUCACUCCCGAACCCGCCCCUGCCCCUGGUCGAGGGUUGAAGAGGAAACGUCCGAACACCAAGGUUGCCUGCAACCAUUGUCGCCUCAGGAGGUGGGCUUGCGAUGGCGAGCGCCCCCAAUGCUCGUCAUGCCGCAACGCCGGCGUCGCUUGCGUCUACUCGAGUAUUGACAAGUCGGAAACGCACAUCGGCAUCCUGAAAAGAGAAAAUGAUGCCCUGAGACAGCGGUCCGACCAGCUGGAAGAGUUUCUAGACCUGUUGAAAAAUUCGCCCAUGGAUCUGGCCCAGAUGAGCUUGCUGAAGCUUAGACAUGCAGAUCCUGCUUCAGUAGUUGGCCUAUUACGCGCGGGAGACCCUAGGAACCCUCUGUCUGAACAGAAGACAGCCCGCGCAUAUCUACCCCCAAUCCAGUCUGACCUGGAGUUCGAACGAAUGGUUCGACACCCCGUUGCGUAUCCGAUGCUGGGUACGAGGACGGAUAAUUUUCCUAUUAUGAACAUGACACCAAUAUUCCCUGAAAACCAGAUCCCGCUGCCUCUCAUCAAAAAUGAUCCGGAUGCCCCCUUUAUCGAAUCUUGUCCCCAGCCGGCUGCUGUCGAGCACGAAGAAACUCAUCGUCCUAGCAAGGUUCAUAUCCAAAUUGGCCCCCAGCCGCCGCCUCGUUUCUGCGUGGACCCCAGGCUGGGUGGCUUGAGCAUUGAAUUUUGGACCAAUGUUUCCAUAUCUAAUGAGUUUGCGGCGGGAGCAAUAUCCUUAUACCUAGAAACGGAUCAUCCUUUUUUAGGCCUUUUCGACGCUGACUUGUUCAUUGACUCACUGCAAGGAUACAACUCCAAGGAUCCGUCCGCCCUAAGAAAGAGCUACGAGUUCCAAAGCGAAGCCCAAAGCCUUCUGACUGCUGGGAAGCUGUCCGAUUCGCUCUCCAACCUAGCUGGUUUAACUCUCUUAUGGAUAGGUCAUAUAUGCCAUGGGUCGGGCAAAGAUGGGCUCCCUAGCGUGGAUGCAGGUAUCAAAAUGGCUAAGAGGAUGAGGCUUUUCGGCGUGUCAGAUACACUGACAACCAGCGACUGGUCCUCCGACUCAAGGGAGGACCAGUCCGCAAUGGCGCAUACUGCAUGGGGUUGUUUUAACAUGUCAAUGGUGCAAACCCUCUACGCCACUCCUGUGGUUACGAAAUACCCGCCCAUGAUACCCAUUCCAGGGGAGACGCAGCCCCCUCCAGGAGACGAUGCAGGGAAGUCUAAGAUUGAGUUCUCUGGACCUGGUGAUACAUUCCAAUCGUUCUGUAAAUUUUGGAAGACUGCAUCUGGCAUAUUACUGAAAUAUCGUCCUGUCGAGGGAAAGCCCAAUGCGACCCUGGAGUUUACGCUGUCGGAAUAUCACAAGAUCGUCGCCCUAACCAACCAUCUCCCCGAGACAAUGUCAUACCUUAGUGGCGCUGCAAGUCAUGUAUUUGUGUUCCAAGUCUGGUUUCAUGGGUUGAUUCUGGAUAUUUUUCGUCCCCACAUCGCGGAUAAAGACCAGCACGGCUUCAGCUAUCUCUCCCGGGGUGCAUCUUUGCCACAGGAAAUCUUUGCUGCUUCGACAAGGCAACUCAAGCAAAUCAUUCUCAUCUAUGGUAACUACCCCGAAUCUUCCUACGAUAUCUGGUGGCAUAUCGCCCUGAUGUACGUCGCCAACGCCGUUGUGAAGGAAAGGGGAGACCCUGAAUGGCGCCCCUAUUUCCUGCUCUGUCUUUAUCACUAUAACAUCCUCGGUCACUGCUUCGGUAUGGUCCAAUGGAUUGUCCCGGGGCUCCUUACCAUCGCAGUUCAAUCCGGAGCCAUGAGGAGCUCGGAGGCCCUUUACAUCAAGGAGGAGUUUCGCAACAAUCAAAGAACGAACAGACCCCAGGGCAGUGGAGCCGGUUUCGUCUUGGAUAUGGAUCGUGCGGUCACAGAUUGGAACGCUGCACAAGCUGAUCAGCUUGCUACCGAGUUUGAGGACCUGAGUUUGUUUAACGAGUUCACAGAUGGCAUAGUCUAA